ACGCCUCUUCUCUUCUCUCCUCUUGGUCACACAAUUUAUUGCGCGCGAUACGAUUGAUCAGUACGACCCAGCUGGAAAUGAUGAAGAUUGAUCAUCAUCAAUUGUUGUUCGUCCCUUUAGUACUGUUGAUGAUUGCAGCAAAUUUCUUCAAAGUCCAGGCACAGCAGGGUCCCAUAAGUGAAGCAGCAACUCUACGUCAAGUGGCUUCCUCUCUGCAAAUGUUCGUGGAUGAACUCCCUCAAAUGCCCAAAGUCUUUGGUUUUUCAAUGCGACACCGCUCACCCGUUCCAGCCCAUCUCACCAUUGGCAUGUUCCAGAAGAAAUGGAAAUUCCACCGAGACUUGCCUCCCGCCACAGUUUUUGCUUAUGGAAAAUCUAAGAAGACCGCCACUGUACCCGGUCCCACUAUUGAGACUCUCCAAGGCGUCCCUACUUACGUCACGUGGCAAAAUCACCUCCCUCAAAGACACAUACUCCCUUGGGAUCCAACCGUCCCCACUGCCAUUCCCAACAACGGCGGUGUCCCCGCUGUCGUCCAUCUCCAUGGUGGCGUCCAUGAACCACAAAGCGAUGGUAGUGCCUUUGCCUGGUUCACCUCCAACUUCAACGAGACCGGACCGGCCUGGUCCAAACCAACCUACACCUACCCUAAUGUCCAACACUCCGGAAACCUCUGGUACCAUGAUCAUGCUCUCGGAUUGACACGUGCCAAUCUCCUAGCAGGCCUGAUUGGCGCCUACGUCAUCCGUGAUCCAAAACUAGAUGCCAAACUAAACCUCCCAUCCGGACCCGAAUUUGACCGACACUUGUUCGUUUUCGAUAGGAGCUUUGCAACUGAUGGAUCCCUUUACAUGAACCACACCGGCAAUAACCCGUCGAUCCACCCUCAGUGGCAGCCAGAGUACUACGGUGAUGCCAUCGUAGUUAACGGUAAGGCCUGGCCAUUCCUCAAGGUUCAGCGGAGGAAGUACCGGUUCAGGAUCAUCAAUGCCUCCAAUGCACGAUACUUCCGGUUCUCUUUAUCGAACCGGCUCGCAUUUGUCCAGGUGGGAUCCGACUCAUCCUACCUACCCUCACCCGUGCGCACACAGAACAUAUUCUUAUCACCAUCCGAGAUUGCUGACGUUGUAAUUGAUUUUUCCAUUUCAACCACCAACGAGGCCAUUUUAACCAAUGAUGCUCCAUACCCAUACCCGAUCGGUUCGCCCGUGGAUGAUCUGUGCGGAAACAUCAUGAAGUUCGUCAUUGAACCGGGAAGCCCUAGCCAACCGGACAGAUCAAAGAUCCCGGCAACUCUAGUAAAGUAUCAACCAGCCAGAACAGCCGGUGCAGCGAAAAGAAGGUACAUAGUAAUGCACGAGUACAGCAGCAACGCCGGCACGCCGACCCAUCUCUACAUAAACGGCAAAAGAUUGGAAGAUCCGGCGACGGAGACACCAAAAUCCGGCACUACAGAGGUGUGGGAGGUGAUCAACCUGACCCCCGAUAAUCACCCGUUGCACCUUCAUUUGGCAAUGUUCCAAGCAGUGAAGGUGCAGGAGCUGGUGAACUUGGAUGCAUUCAAAGCUUGCAUGACAACCAAGAACGACGCAGUAGCAUGCAAUGUGAAGGCCCAUGCGACCGGAAAGUUGGUGAAGAUACCGGAAAACGAAAGAACAUGGAAGAACGCGGUGAAGAUAGAGCCUGGAUACAAAACAACCAUCGUCGUCAAGUUUAAUCUAGUGGAAACCGGUGCGCCGUAUCCGUUCGACGCUACUGCUCAACCCGGUUUCGUCUACCAUUGUCACAUCUUGGACCAUGAGGAUAACGCUAUGAUACGGCCACUGAUGUUGGUUAAGUAAUCAAUUCGUAGAGUUGGCAUGGAGAAUACAAUAUAGAACGUCUAAUAUGUCUGUUAAUUCUAUUCCUUGGUUG